AUGGCAGCUACUAUGCUUGGUCUGUUUGCGCUGCUGGCUGUCCCGGCGGCAGCAGAUUUGUUCCCGGAUUGUGUCCAUGGACCUCUUGCAAACAACACUGUCUGUGAUACAUCUGCCUCAGUGGCAGACAGAGCUCGGGCGCUCAUUGGAGCCAUGACUCUGGACGAGAAGUUCAACCUGACAGGCAACACUUCCCCAGGGGUGCCGCGUUUGGGACUUCACAGCUAUCAAUGGUGGCAGGAAGCAUUACACGGCGUGGCAAGUUCUCCUGGUGUGACCUUCAGCCAAAAUGGAGAGUGGUCUUAUGCGACCUCCUUCCCACAACCUAUCCUGAUGUCGGCUGCGUUUGAUGAUGCGUUGAUUCAUGCUGUUGCGACCGUUGUCAGCACCGAAGCACGCGCCUUCAACAAUGCCAACAGAAGUGGACUGGACUACUGGACACCCAAUAUCAACCCAUACAAGGAUCCGCGUUGGGGCCGGGGCCAGGAGACUCCUGGAGAAGAUCCUUUCCAUCUCAAGUCCUACGUUGCUUCCCUGAUCAAUGGUCUUCAGGGCGGUCAUGAUCCAGCGAUCAAAAAGGUGGUAGCCACUUGCAAGCAUUUCGUGGCAUACGACCUGGAGAACUGGGAAACAUCAGACCGAUAUAACUUCGACGCUCAAGUUAACACCCAAGACCUGGCCGAGUAUUACAUGCAGCCCUUCCAAACCUGUGCAAGAGACGCCAACGUUGGCUCCAUCAUGUGCUCUUAUAACGCCUUGAACGGCGUGCCUACCUGCGCCGAUCCGUACAUUCUUCAAACCAUCUUAAGAGAACACUGGAAUUGGACGGGAGAGGGCCAGUAUGUGACCUCGGAUUGCGAUGCGAUCCAGAAUAUCUACAUGCCGCACGACUAUACAACAUCCCGAGAGCAAGCUGUCGCCGACGCCUUGAAAGCAGGAACUGAUCUCAACUGCGGUACAUACUACCAGACGCACCUUCCUGUGGCGUAUGAAAUGGGGCUGUUCAAUGAAAGCCUUCUCGACCAGACCCUGACCCGUCUUUACUCUUCCUUGAUACGCCUGGGGUAUUUUGAUCCGGCAUCUGCCACUCCGUAUCGCUCCCUUGGCUGGCAGAAUGUGUCGACCCCGGCCUCCGAAGCCCUGGCAUUGAAGGCGGCUGAGGAAGGCAUUGUACUCCUGAAGAAUGACGGCAUACUGCCGUUGUCUUUGCCAACAAACAAGAACACCACCAUUGCUCUGUUCGGCGAAUGGGCAAAUGUGACGACGCAGCUCCAAGGGAACUACUACGGCCAAGCACCAUUCCUUCAUGCGCCACUCUAUUCUUUGCAGCAAUUGCCUCACGUCAACGUUCUUUACACCAGCAGCCAAAGCAGCAUCAACUUCCCUACCACAGACAACUGGGAUGACCUGAUCUCGGCUGCUGAAGAGGGCGACAUCGUGGUCAUCGCAGACGGCAUCAAUGAUAGCGACGAGAGCGAGAGCUUGGACCGGUACGAGAUCAGCUGGGCCCCGGGAAAGAUCGAUUUGAUAAACCAGGUCACGGCCAUGGGCAAGCCUGUCAUUCUGCUCCAGUUUGGUGAUCAGCUCGACGACACUCCAUUCCUGAAUAACCCCAACAUCUCGGCCAUUAUGUGGGGCGGGUAUCCAGGCAUGGCUGGAGGUGAUGCCGUCGUCAACAUCCUCACGGGCAAGGUAGCGCCGGCAGGAAGACUUCCAGUCACGCAAUACCCUGCCAACUACGUUGAACAGGUUGCGAUGACGGACAUGAACCUGAGGCCCAACGCAUCGUCGGGCAAUCCUGGACGGACGUACAAGUGGUACGACAAUGCUGUUCUUCCGUUCGGGUAUGGGCUGCAUUACACCAACUUCAGUCUAUCGGCGGCUGAACCUCAGCAAUCAAGUUUUAAUAUCUCCAAGCUGGUGUCUAGUUGCAACCGCUCGACAUACAAAUACCUCGACCUGUGUCCCUUCAGCACAUUCGAGGUCAACGUCACCAACACGGGCAAAGUGGUGUCAGACUUUGUCACAUUAGGCUUCAUCAGCAGCCAGAAUGGGCCCGCGCCACAUCCCAUCAAGGAACUGGUUGCAUACCAGAGACUGUUCAACAUCACUGGGGGCUCAUCGCAGACGGCAGCGCUGAAUUUGACGCUAGGCAGUCUUGCGCGGCGAGAUCAAAAUGGAAACCAGAUCCUGUAUCCUGGCGACUAUGGAUUGCUGGUGGAUGUGCCGACCCAGGCGACGGUGAACUUCACCUUGACCGGCAGUCCAGUGACACUUGAUCAAUGGCCACAGAGGCCGGCCAGUGGGUGA